UCCCACGCCACUUGUUUUACAACGGGAAGGUCAAAGCUCCCACAUUUGCACAAGGCAUCUGGUUCAGAUUGUUCAAUCUAUCAAACGCCGUCGUGUUCCUCCGCUCUCUCUCUCUCUCUCUCUCUCUCUCUCUCUCUGCUCUCUAAGGGGUUUCCUGAGGCCCUGCGUUGGUCAUUAUCUAAUAGUUACUUUGUUCAGAUCACGUUGAAAUCAUGGUGAAGGGUGUUGCUGUUCUCGGCUCCAGCGAGGGUGUUAAAGGAACCAUCAACUUCGUCCAGGAGGGAGAUGGCCCAACUACUGUGACUGGAAGUGUCUCUGGCCUCAAGCCUGGACUUCAUGGUUUCCACGUCCAUGCUCUCGGAGACACAACAAACGGUUGCUUGUCAACUGGGCCGCACUUCAAUCCUAAUGGAAAAGAGCAUGGUGCCCCUGAAGAUGAGGAUCGUCAUGCUGGCGACCUUGGAAAUAUCACUGUUGGGGAUGAUGGAACUGCAACCUUCACAAUUAUUGACAAGCAGAUUCCUCUCACCGGACCACACUCUAUCAUUGGUAGGGCAGUUGUUGUCCAUGGCGACCCGGAUGACCUGGGCAAGGGUGGGCAUGAGCUCAGCAAAUCCACUGGAAAUGCUGGUGGCAGGGUAGCUUGCGGUAUUAUCGGUCUGCAAGGAUGAACUUGAGUACCGAGCGAAAGAUGUGGAGUUUCAGUUAAAUGUAUUAAGUUUCUAUGAGCCUGAGAGAAAUUUAGAACUCUUUUGAAUAAGAAAAACCAUGUCUUGUUUAGCUGACAAUGUUUGGUGUUUAAAAUUCUGUCCAAACUUCAUUGAUUGGAAAUCUUGGAUGCAUAAGGUGCUUAUGAGUUUGAUCA